AAUGGGGAAUGCUUGUAGAUGUCAUUAAUAACCUGAUAAUUUCAAUGAAGACCAAGAAUCUAAUAAUCCAGAAGUAUAUCAAGCACACACUGAUAAACCAGAGGAUGAUAAAUGUGAAUAAUAAUCGAUUUCAAAAUGGAGAAAUAUUUAAGAAGGUUUGAUUUAUAAUCUAAAAUAAGAUGAUAACCUUCCUCUUCCAGAGUUUAGAGAAGAAAUAGCAAAAUCAAAUAAUGGAAGCCGAAUUCAAUUACCUCCUGUCACAAUGAAAUCAGGGAAUAUGUAGAGAUUAUGAACUAGCUUAGUUAUGAGGGAGAAUGGCUGAAUUAAAAAAAAGAUGGCAAAGGGAAAUUCACUUGGAAAGAUGGCAGUUACUUCGAAGGAGAUUUUGUUUAAGACAAAGCUUAAGGGACAGGGAAAUUAGUACAUGUUAAUGGUGAUUCAUAUGAGGGAGAAUGGUAAAAUGAUAUGGCUCAAGGUCAUGGAGUUUUCAUUCAUUUUAGAGGAGUUAAAUAUGCAGGAUAAUGGAAAUACGAUCUUUAGGAUGGAGAAGGACAAGAAACAUGGCCUGAUGGUACUGAAUAUAAAGGAACUUACAAAGAGGGGAAAAGACAUGGACAAGGAUAUAUGUAAUUUUAGGAUGGUUCUAAAUAUGAAGGGAAUUUUGAGAAUAAUGAAAUUUGUGGAUAUGGUUGUUAUACAUGGAAAGAUGGCAAACAAUAUAAGGGAUAAUGGUUGAAUAAUAAGAUGCAUGGUAUUUUUAAUUAUUGAAUAUAUUAAAGGUUAGGGAGAAUGUAUUUGGAAGGAUGGAAAGAGUUAUAAAGGAGAAUAUGCAGAUGAUAAAAAAAAUGGGUAUGGAGUAUUUACUUGGGCCAGUGGGAAAAGAUAUGAAGGAUAUUGGUAAGAUGGUAAAUAACAUGGAGAUGGAAUUAUUAUAAAUGCUGAGGGAGUUAGAAGAGAAGGAUUAUGGGAAUAUGGUAAACCAAAGAAUUUAGAUUGAUUUUAUUUGU